GCGUGUUCCCUGGUACCGACCGCUGGCCAGAAUGCCAUCGCUUGGGGCUCACCAGCUGUCCUUUGGGCAGCAGAAGCAGAGGGCAGCGGAUAUUGUGCGCCUCCUGUCCAUCUACAUGGACAUCUUGGACUCGUAUGUGAUAGAAUUCUUCAGUGAAAACCUGUGGGAGAAAGUGCCUCGCUCCUGGCAGGCGACACUCUCCGCUUUGACUGCCCCACAGUUGGCAUCGUUGCUGCUGGAAAAUGGAUCUUCCGUUGGCCAGGAGUCGGUGUGGCCCCUCUCCCUGCUGGCCUUCAAGGCAGCCGCCCGCAGCCUGGCCCUCCCCCGGGAUCCCCGGGGGGUCUCCCCCACCCCUGGUGAGGCAGCCCCCGGGGGCAGCAAGGAGCCCGAGGAAUUCAGGGCGAACAGGAGCCAGAGCUCGAGGCUGAGACACCUCUUCCGCAGACACGUCAAACCCAAGAAGCAGCACGAGAUCCGGAGGCUGGGAGGGCUGGUGAAGAAGCUGUGCGAUUUUACAGGCUGUGAGCAUGUGCUGGAUCUGGGAUCAGGCCAGGGCCACCUGUCUCGCUACCUUGCCUUUGGCCACGGCCUACAACUGACCGGGGUGGAGGGGACCGAGGAGCUGGUGGCUGCGGCCAGGAGGUUCGACAGGGAGCUGCUGCUCGGCCUGGCGAAGGAGGCCCGCCGGGAACCGAAGGCCGGGAGUGAGCAGCCGAAUUGGAGCCCGGACCCCCCCAACGUUCGGCCCCCCCGGCACCUGGUGCAGUGGGUGGACCCUGAGGAGGAGCAGGACCUGGAGCGGGUGCUGGGGCUGGGGCCGGGUCAGGGUCCGGCCCCCCUGGUGCUGACGGCCCUCCACGCCUGUGGAGACCUGGGUCCUGCCACCCUGAGGCUCUUCGCCCGCUGCCCCAGCGCACGGGGCCUGGCGGUCGUGUCCUGCUGCUACAUGAAGGCCAGCGCGGAGGGUGGGGUGUAUGGCCCACCCCGGGGCGGGUACCCCAUGAGCACCUGGGUCCAGGGGCUGCCCUCCCACCAGCUGCCCUACAAGCUGCGGGAGACAGCCUGCCACGCGGUCGAGGACUUCGCUGUCCGGCUGCAGGGCGGGAGCCGGGAGCUGCGCACGCACGGGUACCGGGCCGCGCUCGAGGUCCUCAUCCGCCGCAUCAACCCCCAGCUCCGCCGCCUCGCCCUGCACGCCAGCAGGAAGACUCACCUCCUCCCCUUCCAGGACUAUGCCCGGGAGGGGUUACAGAAGCUGGGCUUGGACCCAGGAACCCCCUGGGACACUGAUGAGGUCCAGUCAUUGCUGGGGCAGGAGGGGAAGGUACUGGCCUACUUCUGCCUCAGCCUGACCUUGGCUCCCGUCAUCGAAACACUGAUCCUCCUGGACAGAGUCAUCUACCUCCAGGAGCAAGGCUUUCAGUGCCAACUCCUGCCCUUGUUCGAGCCCAGGUUCUCCCCUCGUAACUUUGUGCUGGUGGCUGCCAAGGUCAGGGGGCAGCUCAGCCAUCUUCUCUGCCCCGAGGAGGGGUUUGGAUGCCCCGAGCGAGGUUGCAGAGACUCCUGACAGUCGAUGCUGUGUGCCCGCGGACAGGCAAGGUGGGGGGUGGGCAGGGAGAGGACGGACAGAAUGCCCACCCCCAGCUUCCAGACGAUGUGGUUUGCUGUUUACUGCAUGGAACUGAGCUCAGAUACGGGACGGCGUGGCUGUGCCCACUGGUCAGGGACACAUCAGAGCUCCAACUUCGCUCCUUCACCACCAAGGUCCACGUAGAUCAAGGCAACACAACUCCUACAGCAGGCCUCCAAUCACCAUUGCCCGUGAACAGAAGCUGGUUUCAGCAGAGCAAGGUCCCACAAACAGCAGCACGCCCAGAAUGAGCUUGGUUGGAUUUGGGUAACUGUUGGUGAGGAUGUGCUGUACCACUGGGGGGGGGGGGGGGGGGGGGGGGGGG